GUCUUUUUGUGUCUUAUCACACAUAAUAGUAGUCAUUUCUAACGAGUCUAAAAGGAGUUCGGGAUAUUUAAAUAUAAGGAUGUGUUAACUUGUUACACAUCAUUUAAACGGUUUUUUUAUUCUAAUCUGAACAGUGAACGCAGAGGAAAACAGAUUAGGAAUGGAACGCGACCCCGCGAGAUUUGAUGAGUUUGAGUGAAUGCCACGUCUGACUAGAGGCAUCAACGUUGGCACAAACUUCAGCACUUCACUUUGGUGGCACAACAACGUGUGACAUCUGACACUGUCCGAUAGUAAAAUGGGUUUUGUGCGUCUGCUACCACUGACACUAGCCACAUCUGUAUUACUGCUGUUAGCUUCUUAUUCAGCCUCUGGUCACAGCCAUUCCCACGGCGACGGACAUGGGCACCAUCACCAUGGGCACCAUCACCACAGUCACUCCCAUGGAGAGGACGAUCACCACGGACAUGUAAAGAUGUUCCAUGGAGCGAGCAAGUGGAGCGCUGAGGCCAAUCUGCCUCACCAUGAGGAUGAGCAGGAUCACGGACACGCACAUUCCCACAACCACGGACACGCUCACGACCACGGACACGCACAUUCCCACGAUCACGGACACGCACAUUCCCACGACCACGGACACGCUCACGACCACGGACACGCACAUUCCCACGACCACGGACACGCUCACGACCACGGACACUCGCACGGAGCCGAGAAAAUGAGGAGAGACACAAAUGGAGAGAAGAGGGACACGAUGGAGCUCUGGACGCAGGCUAUCGGAGCCACCCUGCUGAUCAGCGCCGCUCCGUUCUUCAUCCUGUUUCUGAUCCCGGUUCAGUCCAACAGCGACCAGCACCAGAACCUGCUGAAGGUGCUGCUGAGUUUCGCCUCUGGCGGACUGCUGGGUGACGCCUUCCUCCACCUCAUCCCUCACGCUCUGGAACCCCACUCUCAUCAUGGAGAUGAAGGCCACUCGCACGCUAGCGAGGAAUCACACGGCCACGGUCACUCCCACGGAGCCGCCCACGGUCACAUGAUGUCUGUAGGUCUGUGGGUUCUCGGUGGGAUCAUCGCCUUCCUGGCGGUUGAGAAGUUUGUCCGUCUGCUGAAGGGAGGACACAGUCACGGGCAUUCUCACUCGCAAGCUGCUCCCAAGGAAAAGGACAGUGAUGGAGAGAAUGAGAAGGAAAAACAGAAGAAAGAAGAGAAAGGAAAUAAAGUUGCAAAAGUGCCCAAAAAAGAGGAGAAAAAGAGCACAGACAUCAAGGUGUCUGGUUACCUGAACCUGGCAGCCGACUUCACACAUAAUUUCACAGAUGGCUUGGCGAUCGGCGCGUCAUUUCUAGUCGGACCAGCAGUGGGCGCUGUCACCACCCUGACCAUCCUGCUGCAUGAGGUCCCUCAUGAGAUUGGAGACUUUGCCAUCCUGGUGCAGUCGGGCUGCACCAAAAGGAAGGCCAUGUGUCUACAGCUGCUGACGGCUUUGGGAGCUCUGGCCGGGACCGCUUGCUCCCUACUGGCUGAAGGUGUGGGCGCCGCGGCGACCGCCUGGAUCUUGCCCUUCACAGCCGGUGGGUUUGUUUACAUCGCCACGGUGACGGUGCUCCCCGAGCUGCUGGCGGGCCGCUCCAGUUUUGGCCAGUCUCUGAUGGAGAUCCUGGCUCUGCUGUUUGGAGUCGGCAUGAUGGUUCUGAUCGCAGAGUACGAGUGAGACGCAGCGGAGCGGACGGGAACGUUUACGGCACAAAACCAGGAGGAACUGACAGGGAAAAGACCGUUUUAGGUUAAACGUGGACUCUUUCUGUUUUUUAUCCGUGUCUUUUUUUAGCUGUGUUUUGGAAACAUUUAGCGUCUUUAAUCGUUGACGUGCUUUUCCUCGUUUUGUUUAUUUUUAGAAAAGUCAACUUUAAUAAAAAGGUCUCCACGGUGAUGUACGAGAGCUGGAAUGUAAGAGAGAAAAUAUGGAGAGGGACCAAGAAACUGUUUGGAAAAUGAUUCCAAGAUGGACGCCAUUUUUCUCUCCUGAGUUCUCCUCGGUCACGUUAAAAGACGGAGCCGUCUCAUGAGUUCUGAUUGUCCACGUUUUCUACAUUCCACCUAAAUAUAAAGCCAUGACUUCUCUAAGUGGUCAAACGGCAUCAUUUACUGUUUUUUUACGCUCCUCAAAAAUCCUUAGAUCCUUCAAGCACGUCCAGCUGUUCUGAACGUCCACAAUAAACAUGGUGAAACCGUUAAACGA